AAACUUAGUGUUUUUCUGCAUUGGAGCAACUCUAAAACCGAAGUAAUUGCGAUACUCGUGGAGAACCUUUCCUUUACAAUAUUCUCAAUAUUUCGAUCUAAAUUUCACGUCAACUGUUAUUGAAAGCCAAGCAAGAUGUAUGCCGAAGAAUUUGAUGAUUACGAGUACGAAGCGGAUGUCUAUGAACCGACUGGGGAUCCACGGCUUGAUGCCGAAAAUGAACGAUACACUGGUUAUGGAAGUGCUCCACAGUACGCACAGUAUAGUAUGCCGGAUGUAAUCAAGAAAUUCAUCAUUUAUUUUCGGGAAAUGGUCAAUUCUGGAAAGCUAUAUGAAAUUCAAAAUGUUUAUGAGAACACGUUUCCAAAGUUGACUGAGGAGCACUUCAAAACAUCUCCCUGGCCAGACGCUGAUGAGGUUUCUCCACUGGUUGAUGAUGAUUUACCUUUCCUUAUCUUGUAUAAGGAACUCUAUUAUCGUCACAUUUAUGCACGAAUUCAAGGAGGGCCAACAAUUGAGCAACGUUUUGAAUCUUAUUACAAUUACUGUCAACUUUUCAAUCAUAUCUUGAGUGCUAAAAGUCCAGUAGUUUUGGAACUCCCUCACCAAUGGCUGUGGGAAAUAAUUGAUGAAUUUGUCUACCAGUUCCAGUCUUUUGCUCUUUUCCGCUGUUCUCUUCACAAGAAAUCAGCUGAAGAACUUGAAUUUAUUAGAACUAAUCCAACACUAUGGAACAUUCAUUCAGUAUUGAAUGUGUUGUAUUCAUUGGUUGACAAGUCCAACAUCAACCAACAAUUAGAGGCAUAUGCUAAAGGUGAAGACCCCGACACAGUAGCAGGAGAAUUUGGUCGCCGUCCUCUUUACAAAAUGUUGGGUUACUUCAGCCUCGUUGGAUUGCUUAGACUUCAUUCAUUAUUAGGAGACUUCUAUCAGGCUGUUAAAGUUCUUGAAAAUAUGGAACUUAACAAAAAAACUCUGUACUCUCGGGUGCCUGCAUGCCAAAUCUCGACCUAUUACUAUGUCGGGUUCGCGUAUUUGAUGAUGAGGAGGUAUGCUGAUGCUAUUCGAACAUUUUCGCAUAUUCUCCUUUACGUUCAGCGCACCAAGCCUCUCUACCAGGCUAAAACGUAUCAAAAUGACCAGAUCAACAAACAAACGGAAAAAAUGUAUGUUUUGUUGUCAGUUUCUCUUGUUCUUCAUCCCCAGCGAAUCGACGAAUCUCUGCAGGCAAUCCUGCGAGAGAAGCCUCAUGCUGAACGCAUCAUGAGAAUGCAAAAGGGAGAACUUCAAGAAUUCGAAAACGCUUUCGCGUUUGCCUCACCUAAAUUUUUGUCCCCUGUCCCCCCACCAGUCGAGGCACCGCCCGCUGAUCAUAGACGUGAACCCUUUCAGCAGUUAGCAAAAGUUUUUAUGGACGAAGUGCAGCAGCAACUUACUUUACCAACCAUUCGCAGUUAUUUGCGUUUGUACACUACUAUGCCUGUCGCCAAAAUGGCUGCUUUCUUGGAAAUGCCAGAAACGGAAUUCCGUACUCAUCUGCUGUGCUUUAAACAUAAGAUGAAAAAUGUCGUAUGGACCAAGGGCACUUCUGGAUUGGACGGUGAACUGCAAUCGGGUUCUGAGGUGGAUUUCUACAUUGAUGGAGGAAUGAUCCACAUUGCCGACACAAAAGUAGCUCGUCGCUACGGUGACUACUUUAUUCGGCAGAUCCAUAAAUUCGAAGAAAUUAACCGCGUAUUAAAAACACAGAAAGUUUAAAACAAAUAUCGGGAAUAUCCACUCCUUCGAAUAUUUACGUUUACAUCUAAUUGGUUUUCAAACGCGGAAUACAUAAACUAAGGGAGGAAA